AUGGCCAUCCACCCGACGUUGCGCCCUCAAUCGAAUGCCCAGGGAACUUUGUCCCCGCAGCAAACCCGGGCAAUAUCGGCUUGGUCUGAACAGGCGGCUGCGCAUCUGGAAACCCUGACCAUCUCGGAUUCCGUUCCUGCGGCCGACCAGCAUUGUGCUGGUCCUGAGUCCCCUUCCACGCGCGGCGCCUUGCGAGGGACCACAGUUACACUAUCAAUCCCACUAGAUGACCCGGUCCCCAGCACGGGGAAUGCAUCGGCUCCGAGGGUCAAACUCUUGGGCCAGACUUCUACCCAGGCACCGCAGGUCCCUUCGGUCAGUUUCCGGCGUCGAGAACCACUCCGUCGUGAUAGUCUGAAGAGGCGCGAGGCGUUGUUGAAGGGCAAGGAUGGAAGUCGUCGCCGGCAACGCUGGGAGAAUGAUCGCCUCCUAAACAAUCCUUGGGCCGAACCACCAUCUUCCAGGGACUGGGCUAUAGAGCCAACGUACACCCGACACGACCCGAUGCCUUACUACCUCGCUCCUCUCUGGGACGUCCAUUACAAGCACAUAGAUCACACCUCGUCGAAGCAGACUGCAAAGGGCACAAAGGGUGAGAAGCAUCGUGUUCCGAAGGACCUCCGCCUCAGGCUGAAGCAUGCGCGUGCUGCACGGGGCAUGCUUCAGGAUAUCGAGGAGGAUAUCCGACAGUUCAUCCAGAGAUGGGGCGAGAAGCAGCUCUUGCUUGAGAGGGAUGGUCUGACAGAUGCGCCAGCAUCGUCUGACGAGGACUCUGAGGACGAGGUUGUAUUUGUGGGAAGAAAUGGACAAAUGCACGACUCCCCUGAACGCAAGCAAAAGCUGCAGCAAAUGCGGGAGGCUAUGCAUGCCAAUAGAGAACGGGGUGGGGAGAAGUUGGUCUUUGAGAGCCUCGUAGAUGAUCGGGCCUCUGGAUUUGGGUACGUUUUACCUUUGGCUCUUGCACUUAUGGGCCAACGCUUACCGGUCCAUUAUGUUAGUCGCUGGCUCGUCCAUUCCAUUGCUUCAUACUACGGCUUACAUACGUGGUCCGUCACUGUGGGGGAACCCGCCCGCCGCGAGGCAUACGUUGGGUUCUAUCCUCCGGCUCCGGGAAGUCGCGCUGGGCUUGUAACCCAGCCUGCUUGCCAUCAGGAGGCGAUGAUCCAACCGGGCGACGCUCUGCCGCAGCCUCUGUGGGCGCAGGUAUGA